AUGCCUGAAUCCACAGCCAACCCUACUGGCUCCAAUGAGCCUAACAAGGUCCCAUUCGGCAAAUGGGACUCUUUCUCUUGGGAGAAAUUCCCUGAAUGGGAAGGCACCAAAGCUAUCAUGUUCCGCUCACAGGACGGCAAGCGUGUGGCUGGUGCUUUCCGUGAAUCUGCAACUGCCACAAUGACAUAUCCCUGUGACGAAUUCAGUUAUGUGACGGCGGGGUCGAUCAAGGCCCAUGUUCAUGGCGGCGAAACAUUCACCCUCAAGACCGGAGACUGCGUCUACUUUACUAAGGGCCAGACAGUGGAAUUUGAGUGCAGCGAGGAUUAUGCAAAUGUCUCUGUUUUCUUCGGCACUGAACCUGUUACUAUAGUUUAA